CUGAGCCGCGUCCACGUGAAUUCAGUCUCGCUGUAACAAUGUCAACAAACCCAGAAAUUCUUAAUGGAUCAGAGGACGAGGAGUUCCAAAGCUUUGUGGCGCUACAUGCCGGAGCCCUGCAGUCCUCAGGGAUCCCCCAGAUCUACUGGAGGAGCCUCCAUCACAAAAUCACCAACGAGAUUUAUGACGCUGGUGAGGUUUUUGGAAUAAUGCAGUACCAAGAAGGGGAGGCGGAGGAGGAAGAGGAGGAAAAUGGAGAGAGUGAAAAAAAGACCAACAACCCUGGACCUGUGAUCAGGUCCAAAGUGGUUGUGACCCGAGAGAGUGGACUGCAAGCCUCAGAGCCGGACAGUGUUUUCCUGGUGGAUCACGCAUGGACCUACCGUGUGGAACAUGCCCGGCAGCAGCUGGAGGAGAUCCCUGGUCUGUUAUCAAGAAUGGCCGCCCUCAUGGGAGUAGACUUCCACGGUGAGGCCCCCGAUCCGGACACAGUGGAACUGGUGAUGGAGUGCAUGUGGAAGUACAACCAGACUUAUCACCUGUCGCAGGGGUCAGCGGAGGAGAAGGUUCCCGUGUGGUACAUCAUGGAUGAGUUUGGCUCCCAGAUGCAGCACUCUGACCAGCCCAGCUGCAGCAUGGCUCCCUUCUUCUACAUACAGGGCCAGCUGGCCUAUUCUGUGCUCUGGCCUCUGCAGGACCUGCAGGAAGGAGAGGAAGUUACCCGUGAUUAUACAUACGGAGAGACAAACCCGCUGGUGAGGAAGUGCCGUCUGUUACCAUGGAUGCCUGCUGAUCUAGAAGGUGUUAGCAGUGUCACUGCAGAGCCCCCGGACGCGUACUACGAGACAAUUGCACGAGAGAACAGGGAGCAGCUUCCUGUCGAAAUCCAACCCUACAUUGUUCCAGAGGACAAGAUCCUCAAGGUUUACUGUGAAAUGUUACAAGUAACGAACAACCUGACACACCCUCGGUUUCAGCUGACUGAGGUAGAGGAGGAGGCGGAUAUCAUUUGGGGCUAUAAUCACAUUAAAGACUACAGGAAACUCAGCGAGGAGCGUCCUCAUGUCAUGCUAAACCAGUUUCCCUGUGAGAGUAUUGUAACUGUGAAGGACUGUCUGGCUGCAGUGGCCCGCAGGUUAAAAGGUGGCCCAGCUCCAGACUGGCUACCAGAGACCUUCAACCUGCAGACUGAGCUGCCACAGUUUGUCAAGCAUUACCAACUGAGACAGCAAAGGGGUGAAGAUAACCACUGGAUCUGUAAGCCCUGGAAUUUGGCCCGUGGACUGGACACGCAUAUCACCAACAAUCUGGACUACAUAAUCCGACAGAGAGAGAGCACGCCUAAGGUGGUGUGCAAGUACAUUGAAGACCCAGUACUGUUCAACAGGGAGGAAGUGGGAAUGGUGAAGUUCGACAUUCGCUACAUGUUGAUGUUGCGCUCUGUGCAGCCUCUGCGUCUGUACGCCUAUAACGUGUUCUGGCUGCGCUUCGCUAACAGACCAUUUUCUUUGGACCAUUUUGAUGAUUACCAAAAACACUUUACUGUCAUGAACUAUGCAGAUGGCGUGGACCUAAAACAGGUGCACUACGAUGAGUUCAUCCCCAUGUUUGAGAAGCAGUAUCCACAGUAUCCGUGGAAAGAGGUGGAAACAGAGUUGUUUAAAGCCUUCAAGGAGCUCUUCCAAGCAGCCUCUUCUCGACCGGCUCCGUAUGGUAUUAGCUCUUAUCCAUCAUCCAGGGCAAUCUAUGCUGUGGACCUCAUGUUGAAGUGGAAAACGGAGCAGAACGGUGAGCGGGUCAUGCAGCCUCAAAUCCUGGAGUUGAACUUUAGCCCAGACUGUGCUCGGGCCUGCCUCUACCACCCAUCCUUCUACAACCACAUGUUCCAGACGCUGUUCCUGGACCAGACCGAGGACUGUCCGGUCACACAGAUCAUAUGAUGAUCAAGCCAAAAGCAAUUUCUGUUUUCUUUCGGGGUUUUUUUUUUUUUUUUCGUUUUUUUUUCCUCCCUGCUGUUCAGUCCUUAACUGUGUCAUCCGUUGGUCAUUUAAUUUCUUGGUUAUAUCAAUUCUGAGACUCCAGAACUGAGGCCCGGUCGCCUGCUCUAAAUUUGUUGUUAUUUUUGGCUCCAAACUAGAUUAAUAAAUUAAUUAAUGAAUGAAGAAAGGAUGCUAAUAUACUAGCACACAAAAUCUUUGUCAAGGGAAGCUGGUGUGGAGCCGCUCUGUUGGGAACUGAUGAUGCUCCCGCAGACAUCUGCUGGGCCUAUCAUAUGGUUUGGGCAGAUUGCAUGGACAGAAGAGUAAAACUGCUGUAGUCACAUACACGUGUGUCUGUUGAUGCUAUUAACAGAAUACUAACUUUGAAAGAUGAACAGUUAACACCAGUGAAGGCAUUUGAUGAGAAUGCCUUAAUGUCAAAUUCAUAAUUUUUCUGACUGGUUGUAGGACUAUUGAUAGAGAAAUUUCAUAUACCUAUAUACAUAUACAUGUAAUACCUAAAUAGAUAUUUGUACAACAAACAGGUUGUAAGGAAAGUAGCGCAGCAGUUACACUGUGUGUGUGGUGUCCCAGGUCAGAGUGACCCUGUACAUCAGAAGCAACCAAAUGUGUUUUAUGGCUCAGCACAAAACAUAUAACACACACACACCAAGGCUAUUUAAACUACACUCCAUAUGUUUGUCUGGAGUUGCUCCUCAACUGUGUCACUUAUCCCUGUGACAAAUAAAUUCUGCAAGGCUGUAUUGAC